UUACCAUAAAUAAAUUAAUAAAAUAGUCCGGCUGGUUUGAGAGCUAUCCCGGGUCUUUCUUCUCAUGACUUGUAGAUUUAAUCGUCACAGUCCAUAUUUGGGACACACAUGACGUCACGCCUUGGGAUUCCUUCACAGAAGUUCUUUUUUACAGUAUGGAUUGGAGUGUCUUCAUAGUUACGUAGAAAUUAACGUCGGCAGAGGUAUAAUUCGAUUCUCUGCCACCUUUAAACCGUGCCAACACAUUACACAUCGCCGGCCACGGUUUCUGCCCCGCAGUCACUAAACGACGGCUCUCCACUGAUAUUAUUUACCAAAAAAAGUUCCGUUACGUUUCCAGUUCCACUUCAAUGAGCAGCGGGACCAUCUGCGAGCAGGGGUUUGGUCCCACUGAACGCUGACAGACUCGUACAGUUCUGGAACUUCCACCCUUCCUCCUCGGUCUCAGCUGGGAAGACGCGGAACUCCAAACGGGAGGGAAAAAAGUGGGCGGCGAAUGAACAGUUGAUUUUCCGUAACUCGCCUCCACGGACAGAGACACUUUCGUUUUGGCAAGUGAGAAGUCAGACGUCGGUGUGGCUGAGAGGUGGGGUGGGCAGUCUGCGAUUCAAUGUGCUCUCACACGCUGCCCGCACGAAGGGGAACGCUCAGAGCAGCCGAACUCUGCUCCGCUCGCUGUGCCUGAGGACCGACAGGAGGCGGAAGGCACUUGGCCCGUGUGCGGUGCUGAACCGCCGGAUCGAGCCCGUUCUUCUCUUCCGCCGGAGUUGCCUUGUGCCCAAACGCCUCUCUCGCCGAGUUCGGGAGCGCUUUUGCCCGGAGGCGCCAGCACUGCCACUGGGCUUGGGAUCCAUUGCAUCACACAGGGCAGUCCAGAUUAAUCACGCCCACAGAAUUGGCAGAACUGCCAGAAGGACAAGACGCACCCACGCUGAGACAGAGAGGUGCCAAAAUGAACCAUUCCGAAUCUUCAGAUUCAGCUAGUUGUGAGACACUUCAGCUGACAGAUGACCGCAACUGGGAAGUGAGGGCUAACAAUGUGAGCUACCACACUCAGAUUAAGGAACGCGCCUUCCUCUGCUUUAAGAAACGGAAAUAUGCUGAUAAUAAAAUCAAGACCUCUAAGUACAACAUUAUUACAUUUCUACCUCGGAACCUGUUCGAACAGUUUCAACGAAUCGCUAAUUUCUACUUCUUGCUGAUUUGUAUCCUCCAGACCAUUCCAGCGAUCUCCACAUUGCCAUGGUUCACGACAUUGAUUCCACUGACAUUUGUCCUGGCAGUAACAGCGGUGAAGGACAUCAUUGAUGACAUUGCACGCCAUAAGAGUGACCGGGAGAUCAACAACAGACCAUGUGAUGUUCUUGUGGGCCAGAGCUUCAAGCUUACAAAAUGGAAAGAAAUCCAAGUAGGAAAUUUGGUGUGUCUGAAGAAGGAUGAGUUUGUUCCAGCAGAUCUCUUCUUGCUGUCUACCUCUGAGCCAAACAGCCUGUGUUAUGUUGAAACGACUGAAAUUGAUGGUGAAACUAACCUGAAGUACAGACAGGCACUGAGUGUCACACACUCUAAACUGAAUACCUUGGACCAGUUAGCAGAGUUUGAUGGAAGAAUAGUCUGUGAAAAGCCGAACUGUGACCUGCACUCAUUCACAGGCACUCUGUACUGGCAGAACAAGGAGUAUUCACUCGACAAUGAGAGGAUAUUACUGCGAGGCUGCAGGGUACGAAAUACAGAAAAGUGCUAUGGGGUGGUUAUAUUUGCAGGAGUGGAUACAAAAAUAAUGAAGAACAGCGGGAGAUACACCUUGAAGAAAACCAGAGUUGAGCUUCUCAUGAACCAUGUGGUGUUGUUGGUCCUCCUUAUCCUGGGUGGCAUAUGCUUUCUCCUUGCUGUUGGAUCUGCUGUCUGGGAAGUGAAAGUUGGCAAGAAAGCUCCCUAUCUUGACACUAAACUGAAAAAUUACGGUCCUGGAUAUCAGGGUUUUCUGGCCUUCUGGGGAUACGUAAUCAUCAUGAGCUCCAUCCUGCCAAUGUCACUCUAUGUCACGUUUGAACUUCUCCACAUUGCCCAGAGUUUUUUCAUUAACUGGGAUUUGAAGAUGUAUUGUGAAGAGAGAGACACUCCAGCCAAAGCGAGAACAACUACCCUGAAUGAAGAACUGGGUCAGAUCAAAUACAUUUUCUCAGAUAAAACUGGCACCCUAACCCAAAACAUCAUGGCCUUUAAGAAAUGCUGCAUUGGUGGACAGAUCUACGGUAAUCAAUAUGAUGACGGCGAAAGAGCAAACGUGGUUGACCUGAGCUGGAAUGCCUUUGCGGACGGAAAGCUGAAGUUCUACGAUGGGUCACUUUUGGAACAGAUCCGCUCGGGAAACGAGCCAGGAGUCCACGAGUUCUUUAAGCUGCUGGCUCUUUGUCACACAGUCAUGGUGGAGGAGAAGCAGGGCCAGCUCACAUACCAGGCUGCUUCUCCAGACGAAGAGGCUCUGGUGUCUGCAGCGAGGAACUUUGGCUUUGUGUUUCUGUCUCGUACACAGGACACCAUCACCAUCAGUGAGCUAGGGGUGAAGAGGACGUACACUGUGCUGGCCAUUUUGGACUUCAGUAGCAGUCGCAAGAGAAUGUCUGUCAUCUUGAAAAAUUCAGAAGGGAAGAUUACACUGUACUCCAAAGGAGCAGACGUUGUGAUAUACGAGAGGCUUCACCUCAACUGUUCCCACAAGGAAAGUACUCAGAAAGCCCUCGAUUUCUUUGCAACAGAAACACUGCGGACUUUGUGCCUGGCUUCUAAAGACGUGGAGGAAAGCUACUUCAGCAACUGGAGCCAAAGGCAUCAGAAAGCCAGCGUGGCUUUACAGAACCGUGGACGAUUGCUCGAAGCCUUGUAUGAAGAAAUUGAAACAGAUCUGGUGCUCAUCGGAGCAACAGCCAUAGAAGAUAAGUUGCAAGUUCGAGUCCCCGAAACCAUUCAGAACCUGAAAGCUGCCAAUAUUAAAAUCUGGGUCCUGACCGGAGACAAGAAAGAAACAGCCAUUAAUAUUGGAUAUUCCUGUAAGUUGCUGUCAGACCAAAUGGAGCUGUUUGAAGACAGUGAAAUUGACGAUGCUCUGGAGAGGCUGCAGAAGAAGAACUGUCCAUACAGAGAUGCUAAUGCUGUAGGCAUCUCCGAGGCUAUGAGGAGCAGCGAGGAGCCCGAUUUCCUGGCGUGUAACAACAAAGCAUUAAUUAUCACCGGCAGCUAUCUGGAUAAAUUCGCUAAACACUCAAAACGGCGUAAGAGGAAGCUUCGAGCCUGGUGGAAGCUGAGGUCAGUGAUAAAUCCAGAGGUGAGGACAGGCGUGCGUUGUGAGGUGGAGGAGCGUGAGCAGGCAUUCGUGGAACUGGCCUGCCAGUGCCAAGCUGUCAUCUGCUGCCGCGUCACCCCCAAGCAGAAGGCGCUGGUGGUCCAGCUGGUGAAGAAGUACAAACGCGCUGUCACCCUGGCCAUUGGCGAUGGUGCCAAUGAUGUCAACAUGCUAAAAACUGCACAUAUUGGCGUGGGGAUCAGCGGACAGGAAGGCAUGCAGGCCGUUCUCUCCAGUGACUACUCACUUGCACAGUUCUGCUACCUCGAGCGGUUGCUUCUGGUUCAUGGCCGAUGGGCGUACCUGAGGAUCUGCAAGUUCCUGAGGUACUUCCUCUACAAGACCUUUGCCUUCUCCUUCGUCCAGGUCUGGUUUGGCUUCUAUAAUGGAUUUUCUGCUCAGUCUAUUUAUGAACAAUGGUGCAUCUCCUUCUACAAAGUGGCUUACAGCUGGCUGCCUGUGCUCGUGCUGGGGGUUCUGGACAAGGACAUAAGUGACACUCAGAGUAUCAGAUCACCUAAGUGCUACAAAAUUGGACAACAGAAUAAGUUGUUUAACUACAAGAUCUUCUCAUUUGCUCUACUUCACGGACUUCUAAGUUCGCUGGUUUUGUUCUUCAUUCCGUACGGAGCACUCUUGGAGAAUGUUGGCCAAGGUGGCAUACCUUUGUCAGAUUACCAGCUUUUGGCCAUGACGGUUGGCACUGCUGUGGUGCUGACUGUCAAUAUCGAGGUAAUGUUGGAGUUUUCCUACUGGACUGUUCCUGCUGUGUUGUCUAUUCUCAUCAGUGUUUGCCUCUAUUUUGGCAUCACCCUUUUAACUCAGAGCCCUUCCCUGACUCAGAAGAAACCGGAUAUGUUCCAAUUCAGUGGAGCAGCUCUGAAUGCUUUCAAACAACCAUUGUUUUGGCUCACCAUCCUAUUAGCCAUCACUAUCAAUAUUAUCCCUUCCAUUGCAACCCGAGUUCUUUUACAAGUCUUUGGUUCCAAAGAUGCUGGAAGUGCAACUUAUGAGAAAGAACAAAUGGCAGACGAUAAAGUCACAGAUUUCCAGAGACAUUCAUCAAGUCGUCGGUCAGCGUAUGCCUUCUCACAGAACAAGGGUUAUGGUGCUCUCAUUACCUCUGGAACAAGCUUGUGGAAGAAGCAAGAAAAUUUGGAAGCAAGCUGUGUUCAACCUGUACCCAACAGAGAAGAUGAAGCGCUGGAGGAGAGAUUCUGACGACGACAUAAUUCUACGGAGACGCUGAAAGAAGUUCUGAUACCAUUUCAUGGAGCAUAGAGGAUUUGAGACUUACAGGACAAUUUUUGACCAGAAACAUUUGAAUAUAACAGUGCCUUUGCUCCCAAUGGUUUUGUCAUGGAGCCCUGUAUCACAGAAAUUGACCCUGCAGCCCAUUAAGUUGGUUCUGACCAGCAAAUUUCCAUUUACAUCAUUCUUUCACUAAUCCUCAUUCUUUCCAUCCCCUUCCGCCCACCUAGACCAAGAAUGGCAUGGUAGUGUAGUGGCCAGCAUAACACUAUUACAAUGCCAGCGACCCCGGUUCAAUUCCAACCACUGUCUGUAAGGAGCUUGCAGGUUCUCCCAAUGACCAUGUGAGCUUCCUCCCACUAGUCACGGGGGUGUAAGUGGGUGACCAGGAGGGCCUCUGCCAUGCUAUAUCUCGUUUCAAAGAAAAGAACAAUCAAAUAAAAUAUAAUCAAAUCAAGUUUAAUUAUCAUUCAAGCAUACAUAGAUACAGCUGAAUAAAACAGUGUUCCACUGGGGCCAAGGUGCAAAACAUACAAAGCACAUUCAAAAUAGCAAGCAAAAAAAAAUAGUCAUGCAAAAAAGACCCUAAGUGACACGUCCUGCAAAUUGAUUGUACAGAUUCCCAGCAGUGCACAGCUACUGCAAUCCAGCCUGUCAUUCCGCCGCUCAGCACUGGAGGGCAGCACCGAGCACGGUCACCACAUUGCGCCACCGCCAGCGUCUCCUUUUUACGGUGGUCAGUUGAUCUACCAAUGAGUCCAUGAUUUUAGGAUGUGAGAAGAGCCCAGACGUAAUGUGCGGACUCCACUGGAACAGUCCUAGAUGUCAGGAUUGAACCAGGUUUAAGGAGUUGUGAGGCAGCGGCUCUGCAAUUUGCACCACAGUGUCAAUCAUUGUUUAAAUUAGACUCAUAGAACACUACAGCACAGAAACAGUCCCUUCAGCCCAUCUAGUCCGAGCCUAACCAUUGAUCUGCUAGUUCCAUCGACUGGCAUCUGCACAAAAUUGCAUUAAUCCAGGCAAAUUUUCUUUGAUUCAUUCACCUUCUCAUUUGCUCUGUAGAGAAAGGGUUAUUGAGAGUUGUUCAGGCUUUGGCUUUUACAAGCCAACACUUUGCACUUGAAGACCAUGAGGAGUUAGUCCCUCGGUGAGCUGUAGGAAUGGAGCUGAUCUGCAUUAUACCAAGAGGAGCCUGGCAUAAACCUCGCCCAAUCCCGCUGACAACUCUUGGGGUGGGUAUAUGUUCUAAACUCGACUAUCUCACUUGCUGAGUAUGAGUUCAUGUGUUGAAGUGGGAUUCCAGUUUUAUAACCCAUCUGAUAUGGCACAUCAAUGAUUUUACAGGACCAACUAGACAGGGUGCUAAAACCAUCGCGGCACCUCAUUCUCACAGCAUCGGUGUGGUGGGAAGUUGGGUUGGUCGAAUGUUCAAUCCCAGUACCAUUCUAUAGGGAGUCUCUACGUCCUCCCCGCGGAAUGCGUGGGUUUCCCUGCGUGCUCCGGUUUCCUCCCACAGUCCAAAGACGUACCGGGUAGAUUAAUUGGUCAUUGUAAACUGUCCCGUGAUUAGGUUAGGAUUGAGCGGGUUUGUCGGGGGUUGCUGAGGUGGCACGAUUGGAAGGGCCUACUGUGCACUGU